AACGGGUGAGUCCAGAUGAGACUACAAUUCCCAUCAGGCGUAGCGGGAGCGGGAUCACGCACGCGCAGACCAGACCCUGGCCCUGUUGGCCAGCCACGGGGCUUCUUGGAGAAGAAAAUGGCAAUACUGAGGCUGCGGCACGCCGUGAGGACGCUAUUUGAGGUGCCAGCGGCGCUGCGGCGCUUGAGCCGAGCUUGCAGCACGUUCCACGCCUUCACGGACGUGCUCAGGCUGCCUAAGAGACAAAUGACGAAGCUCGUGUUCCCACUGCAGGAACUCGAGCGGCAGCUCACACCAGACUCGAGGUUGGACCUUCACGUGAAGAUCUUCGACCCGAGCCUGGAGGACAUCUCCAAGGCGGAGGCCGUCUUCACGGCCACGUCCCGGAACCGCAUCAGCUACCUCAGCUCCGCGGUGCGUCUCGACCACGCCCCAGACCUCCCCAGCCCUGAGGUGUGUUUUAUAGGCAGAAGCAAUGUUGGAAAAUCCUCUCUAAUAAAAGCCCUUUUUUCACUGGCGCCAGAGGUUGAAGUCAGAGUCUCCAAAAAACCGGGGCACACAAAGAAGAUGAAUUUUUUCAAAGUUGGAAAAUAUUUUACAUUGGUGGACAUGCCAGGUUAUGGCUAUAGAGCUCCUGAAGAUUUUGUUGACAUGGUAGAGACCUAUCUAAAAGAACGAAGGAAUUUGAUGAGAACAUUUUUGUUAGUGGAUAGUGUUGUUGGAAUUCAAAAAACCGACAGUAUUGCCAUAGAAAUGUGUGAAGAAUUUGCAUUACCUUAUGUGAUGGUAUUAACAAAAAUUGACAAAUCUUCCAAGGGACAUCUUUUAAAACAAGUGCUUCAGAUCCAGAAAUUUGUUGACAAAGAGACACAAGGAUGUUUUCCUCAGUUGUUUCCUGUAAGGACCUAUCUCUCCAAAUAGACUCUCUGCAGUAAGAUAACCUGGACUUCUUUAUAUGGCGGCUGGAUCCACCAUGAGCAAAAGCAAAUGCCACAAGGCUUUGUUUUUUCUGGGCCAGAAGUCCCUGAAUGCCACUUUUAUCACAUUCUAUUGGCCAAAACAAGUCGGAAGGGCAGCCAGAUUCAAGGAAUGGGAAAACACACUCCAGCUCUUACUGGAAGAAGCAAUAAAGAUACAUUGCAAAGAGGCAUGGACACAGGGAGAAGUGAUUCAUCCUAUGGGGGCCAUUUUUAACAAUGUACUACAGUCUAAUAAACAUUUCUUUUGAAAAUUGUGGUAAAGUUCUCCUCCAAGAUGGCAAUGUAGGAAGACCCUGAACUCCCCUUCUCUCCAGAAUUACCAAAUUACACCUAUCUACAGAGCAAUUCCUCCUGAAGAAGAACAGCUUUUGCACAACAAAAGAUGGAGAUAAUAGCAAAACCGAACAGCAAGAGAGACAGACAUCGGUAACAAAGGGAACCCCCACCCCAAAUACCCACAGUGGAGAGGGAAAGUACUGAGGUACUAGGAACAGAUUCCUCUGGCCUUGGGCACAGAUAAAUAAAUAAAUAAAAUCUUGGUUUAAAAGAGCAACUAGCAUAUAAAAGUGAGCCCUAGAGUUCCACCAAAUGGUGGAGGAAGCUGCAGGAAUUGAGUCAGAGACUGGAGAAUGACAAGGUUUAUGUCCCUCCACCUUGAAAGCACAGACUGGAGCAGGGGCUAGUCACUAUGCCAACUUUCAGCUUCAGCGAACCCCAGGUCCUUUAAUGCACACCAGCCCCAGUCAUGCUGGGCACGGAAAGAACUUGUGGUUUAAAAGAGCAACUAGCAUAAAAAAGGCCCAAGCUCAGAACUCUACCUAAUGGUGGUGGCAGUGGGAGGGGAGCUAUUGGAACACUCUCUGGAUGGGAGGGACUGGUGGGCACAGUCUGCACUCCUCUCCAUCUUAAUAAUGUAAAUGGGAGCAGAGCCUGGGAGCCCUUGCAGGUCUGCCACCUCAGUGAGCACAGGUCCCUACCCUAUACCAGUUCUAGGCACCCUAAGUCACAGAGAAGUCGAGGUUUAAUAGAACAGUUAACAUAUAAAAGAACAAGCCCUAGAAUUCCACCAAAAGUCAAGGGAGUUGCUGAACUCUCUCCAGGUAGGAGGAGCUAGUGGAUGGGGUCUACACUCCACCUCCACCAUGAAAGCACAGACCAGUGCGUAGUCUGGGUGCCGUAACCAGCUUACCCCAAGCCUCUAGCCCACAGCAGCCCCAGCAAUCCCACCAAAGCAGCCACAGAGUGAUGCACACCAGGACAUGCCUGAUUAGCAUUCACUACAGCUCCAGUUUUCACACCAAGGUGAUACAGCCACAAAGCACCCUGGAACACUCCAGGCCCACACCACUUCAGCCUCAGACACUUUGCUAGGGCACAUCGGGCACACAGCACUUUGGAACCUCCUGGCUGUCAUGUUUCCAAUCCAGUGGCCCUGCCAGGGAGUCCCCUGCGCAGAGCACCCCAGCAACACCGGGUCCAUGUUUGCUUUGGUUUCAGCCACUCCAACAGGGCACCUUCUGCUUGGAGCACCCCAAAACACCUCCACCCACACCAGCCUCAGCUCCAGUCACCUAGCCAGGGCACUUCCUGUGCUAAGCACCCUGAGACGUCCCAGCUUGCAUGGAGUUCAGCUUCAGCUGCUCUGGCAGGUUGACCUCAGUGUGGAGAGCUUGGGACAACCCAGCUUGCAGCUACUUCAACUUCAGCUGUCCUGCUAGGACACAUUUUUCAUGGAGAGCCCCAGAGAUCACACUGGCCUAUGCCCACUCUAGCUUUAGCUGUCCUGCCAGAGCACCCCUCUCCCUGCAUGGGAUGCCCCCAAGACACCCUGACCUGUACUCUGCCUAGGCUCCAGUUGUCUCUGCAAGGAGCACUGUGUGGAGAGUGCUGGAACACUCAGGCUAAUACCCACUUUAACUUCAACUAUCCUGCCAAGGUGCCCUCUGUGCUUAGAGCCCCAGGUCCCCCUAGCUUGCACCCACUUUAGUUUCAGCUCUCCUGCCAGGGCACCCUCUGCACAGAGAGCCUAGGGACCUCCUGGUCCACAUACCACCUCAGCUCCAGUUGCCCUGCCAGGGCACCCUGGCUUGCACCCAUUUCAGGUUUAGCUAUCCUGCCAAGGUGUCUUCUGCAUGCUAGGGGCCUCAGGACACCCCAGUUUACACCCACUUUAGCCUUAGCUGCCUUGUCCAGGCACCUGCUUGGUGGAGACCUCAGAGACCACACCAGUCUGCACUCACUUCGGCUUUAGCUGCCCUGACAGGGCACCCUCUUCAUGGAGAGCCACGAGGCUCCCAGUCCACACCAGCCACAGCUCCAGCCAGUCAGCAGGCGUCACAAAGAGCCCAUAAUCUACAUAGGAGAUGACUGAACACAAGUCCAUUCCUUCAAACUUAGAAGUUGCUCUUCCACCUAAUUCAUAGAAACAAACACAGAAAUUCAAGCAAAAUGGGGAGAUAGAGGAAUAUGUACCAAAGGAAAGAAUAAGACAAAACCUCAGAAAAAGAACUAAAUGAAACAGAUAAGCAAAAUGCCUGAUAAAGAAUUUAAAAUAAUAAUCAUGAAGGUGCUCACCAGGCUGGAGAGAAGAGUGGAAGAACUAAGUGAGACCAUCUAUAAAGAAAUAGAAAAUAUAAAAAAGAAGUAAUCAGAGUUAAAGAAUAUAAUCACUGAAAUAAAAAAAAAUACCCUAGAGGGAAUGAAUAGUAGAUUAGUGGAUGCAGAACUUAUCAGCAAUCUAGAAGAGAGGGUAAUGGAACUCACCCAAACUGAACAACAAAAAUAAAAAAUAUUUUUUUAACGUUUAUUUAUUAUUGAGAGGCA